AUGUCCCGGAUUCUCAAUGAGGACCCCGACGCCUACUAUAUGACUCCGAUCAGCGACCAUGAUCUGAAGAGGUAUUAUCGUAUGAAUGUUGGUGGGGACUUUAUAACAUUUGAUUUACACAUUACCGUCUCCUCCACUCACCUCGGCCAAACCAAAUACAAGGCGGUGAUCUUCGCCGGAGUCGAAGUUGCGGAACCCGAUCAUCAAUAUGAUCUUGCAUCCUUUAUGCGGUUAUAA